AUGUCAGAGGAAGCCACAAUAAGCUCGACAAAUGAGGUGGAUGCAAAGCUUGCAAAUAUUGAAAAAGAGGAAUCUCAAAGAGAUGUUUACCUGAGUGUACCCAAUUUCGAACAGAUAUCGUUACUACGAGAGGCCAUCUUCAUUUCCUUUAUGUGUAUGUCGCAGUUAUUGACCCAGGCAGCUAAUGCUCAGACAAUGGUCAACUCGGUAGUCCUUGGUAAAGCAUUCAACGUGUCCGAUAAUGCAGGUCAAAUAUCGUGGUUUUCAGCAGCAAUAUCGUUAACUGUGGGUACAUUUAUCUUGGUAAGUGGAAGAUUAGGAGACUUGUAUGGCUACAAGAAACUCUACAUUAUAGGAUACUUGUGGUUUGGCGUUUUCUCCCUACUAUGUGGAUUCACUGGAUUCACCAAGUCAAAUGUGUUUCUUUCAACUAUGAGGGGUUUACAAGGCAUUGGUCCUGCUAUCAUGAUGCCAAACUCACAGGCCUUGAUUGGAAAUUUCUAUCCUAAUGGCCGUAGGAAAAACAUGUGCUUUGCCUUAUUUGGCGCUGUUGCACCUUCCGGCUUUAUAGUUGGAGCUUUGUUCAGCGGCAUGUUUACCGACGUUGUUUGGUGGCCAUGGACCUUUUGGAUCUGUGGGAUUGUCAGUAUAUCUUUGGGAAUUUUGGCCUUCUUUGUCAUUCCUGCAAAAGUGGGCAGCCGUUCACCAGGAAAGUUUGACUAUUGGGGAUCGAUAACGGGGGUUUCAGGCUUGGUGUUGAUCAACUUUGCAUUCAAUCAGGGCCCAACAGUAGGCUGGGAUACGGUUUACGUGUACGUGUUGCUUAUAGUUGGAUUCCUCCUUAUGGGUCUUUUCUUUUUCAUUGAAAAGAGAGUGGCUGACCCUUUGGUGCCUCCUGAAGUAUUGCGAGGUGAUACCGGAUUCAUUUUGGCUUGUAUUAGUGCUGGCUGGUCGUGUUUUGGGGUAUGGCUUUACUAUCAAUUCAGAUGGGCAUUGUUGGUUGAUCAUGACAGCGAGGUGAUCGGAGCAGUGCAAAAUAUUCCAUGUGCACCUGUUGGUGUUAUUGCCGCUGUAGGAGUAGCAAUACUAUUAAGUAAGAUACCCUCAGCAGUGGUGAUGUUUGUUUCAAUGCUUGCGUUUCUUACCGGCUCAAUUCUUAUGGGAACUAGACCGGUUGGUCAAACAUUUUGGGCACAAAAAUUUGUUAGUUUGCUAAUACAGCCGCUAGGUAUGGAUGGGUCAUUUCCCGCUGGUGUUAUAUUGAUGAGUGCAGCACUUCCUAGACACCAACAAGGUAUAGCUGGUUCAUUGGUAUCAACGUUUGUCAACUACUCUAUUUCAAUUGGGUUAGGUUUCGCCGGUACUGUUGAAUACUACACGACUAAGGACAAACCACAGAAUUUCGACACAACUGUAUUGGGAUUCAGAAAUGCAUACCGGAUGGGAAUGGGUCUUGCAGGGCUCGGAGUCGUUGUUGCAGCAAUAUACAUGUUUAAACAAUUGCAGCUGAGAAGAAGGGACAAGAAGAUGCAAGAGUUCCUGGAGGAAGGAAAUAAGCCGGAACAAGAACAAGAACAGGAACAGGACCAAGGACAAGGAGGAAAUGAGAAGAGUCCGACACCUGUGUAG